AUGAAGUCACUACUACAUCAAGUGGACAGCCGAAGAAAGAGCAGAAAUAGGUCAGCAUGCUGUAACGCACGGAGUCAAUCAGACAGUGCGUCUGUUGAAAGGAAAAUAUCCUCGACUUACUAAGCAAACGGCCAGUGAUUUCAAGAAAGCUUUGAUUCAAGCAAAACAAACAGCAGUUGGGCCUGUGAAUGAAAUUACCUUCAGAAAGCGUGGGCGACCUGCAUUACUGCCCGACGACCUUAUGAAAAAGACCAUUGAAAUGAUACAGGCCCUGCGACUAAACGGUGCACCGGUAACAGCUGUCGUGAUAAAUGCUAUUGACAAAGGAAUAGUUAUAGCAAAUGACCGAACCCUGUUGGUCGAGCAUGGCGGCUAUUUGAGCCUUAGUUUUGCCUGGGGAAGAAAUGUCCUCUGCCGAAUGGAAAGAGAAGGCAAGAAGAUGGCAGUCAGAAUUGCUACGACUGAGAACAUACCCGUGGCUCCUGGACUUUUGAAGGAAGCGAAACUGUCAUUUCAGCGAAAGAUCAAAACACUACAAGCCAUGCACGGUGUGUCAUGAGCAAGAGAUCGAGGACACACUUCCAGUUCGUACAAGAGAGAAGUUUAUUGUCAAAGAACUCAACACGUGUUGGUACAAAUCACAUGAACAUGUUGCCAAGUUCAACCAAUCAUAACACCGUGUGCCAGAAGAUCUGAAUCUCAAUUUAGACCAAACCCCAUUGUCCUAUGUCUGUUCCGCUAGUCAUACUCUGCAUGAAAAAGGGGCAAAAAAAUGUGCCCCUUGUGGGAAAAGGGCAAAAAGAAGCAGAUUACAGGAAUGUUCACGGUUACAAUGUCAGGUCUUUUUCUCGCGAUGCAGCUAA